AUGAUACGCAUCAUCCUCAGACUCAAAACCUCCUUCACUAUCAUUACCCGGCCAGCUCGACUAACCAACGUUGAAGAUGGUCUUAUCAUAUAUGAGGAAUCGGAACUCAGAGCAUCCUGCCGUGUUGAGUUGAUUAUGGUACAAGGAAAAGAUGGAUUCGUACUGGAAGAACGCUAUGUCGUUGAGGGAUAUCGGUCCCUGUGGCUUGGUACACAAUUGCUCGGUGGCCGUCAGCCGCAUAUAGUGCUUUUGACGCGGUUCCUUGAGAAGUUUGCUUGUGAGGCGUCUAAGAACGAGGCCAUGCCGAAACCUAGUCGGGAGAAAUCGGAGAUUGAUAUUAUCGGUUGUUUCUUGAUUUGCUACAUACACUGA